CUCUAUGGACAGGAGAGGAAUUUCAGUUUGGACCAAGAGGAACCAGAAGCUCUGCAGAUAAAAGAAGAGCAGCAAGAACCAGAACAUCCCUGGACAAAAGAGGAAACCAUGGAGGUCCUCAUUAGUGAGCAUGAAGAGCAGCUUGUUCUGAAGCAAGAAACUGAAGUUACAGGAGAGGAAUUAUUCCAAUGUUUGCCAUGUGGAGAAAACUUUAUGAAACAAGAACUUUUAAUAGAUCACAUGAUAACUCACACAGAUCAGACGAAUAUUGAAUGUUUGUCCUGUGGAAAAAAAUUCACCUAUAAAUCUGACCUUGAUAAACACAUCAGAAUACACACAGAUUUGAGGCCUUUCAAAUGUCCGUCCUGUGGAAAGGGUUUCAGAACGAAAUCUCAUCUUAACAACCACAUCAAAAUCCACACAGGUGAGAAACCUUUCUCCUGUACAAUAUGUGGCAAACGUUUUACUGAAAAAAGUAGUUUGACUAAACAUGUGAAGAUUAAUUCGGGUGAAAGACCUUUUUCUUGCAAGACCUGUGAAAAAAGUUUCAUCUAUGAAUCUGACCUUAAUAAACACAUCAGAACUCACACAGGUGAGAGGCCUUUCUCCUGUACAACUUGUGGGAAACGUUUUAUUGAAAAAAGUAAUUUGACUGAACACCUGAAGACUCAUUCAGGUGAAAGACCUUUUUCUUGCGAGACCUGUGAAAAACGUUUCAUAUCCAGAUCUCACCUUAAUUACCACAUCAGAAUUCACACAGGUGUGAGGCCUUUCAAAUGCCUGUCCUGCGGAAACCGUUUCGCUUAUAAAUCUGACCUUAAAAAACACAUCCAAGUUCACUCUGUUGAGAAGAAAUUCAAAUGUCUGUCCUGUCCACACAGUUUCAAAAAGAAAUCUCUUCUUGAUAAACACAUCAGAACUCACACAGGUGAGAAGCCUUUCUCUUGUACAGUUUGUGGCAAAACCUUUAAUGAAAAAUGUAGGUUAACUGAACACAUCAGAAUUCACACAGGUGAGAAGCCUUUCACCUGUACAGUUUGUGGAAAAAGCUUUGCUGUAAAACGUAGUUUAACUGCACACAUGAUAACUCACACUGAUGAGAAACCUUUGUCCUGCACAAUAUGUGGCAAAAGUUUUACUGGAAAAACCUCUUUAAAUAAACACCUCAGAAGUCACACAGGUGAAGAGCCCGUCUCUCGUACAGUUUGUAGUAGCGAAAGUUUUGACUAACUUAACUAAACAUUUUCAUUCUUGACACAUGAAACUGAUCUUAAAGAGAUUUGUUUCUUCACAUAAGAAGUCACAGUAGUUAAGCCGUGGACUCACGGAAUCCAAUUCUUCCUCUGAUUAGAUUAGAUGAGCUUUAUUGAUCUCACAGCGGAGAAAUUCCCUGGUCACAUAUUGGCAUAGUAAUUGUACUAAACGACAGAAAAUCGUGUCUGAUGAAUUCAUGGCAUUUAGCGCUCAUUGAGACAACUUUCUGCAAAAGGACUUGUGUGGCUCCGACUAAGAUAGAUUCCAUGGCUAUUAGGGAUGGAACGGUUUUUGAAAACCGUCCGAACCGUUCGGUUCGACUGUCUCUGUUCGGUUUGCGUGUGUUUCGUUCGGUUCAUGCGCUGCUCCUUUUUCUCAUAGGCGAAGUGUUUACACUC